GGGGCCCGGCCCUCGAGGCGCCGCUGUUCCCGGGGCACGUGACUUGCCCCGCGCGCCUCCUCAACCAAUCGCAGUCGUCCCUCUUUCGACCCACGUGACUUCCCCGCAUGUGUCCCUUAAAUGACCGCGAGCCCACCCCCAUUGGUAGCAGUUGGGCCCGCGGCAGGUGAGGGCCUGCGGCCCGCUUGACGCCUCGCCUCCGCCAUGCGGCUGCGCAGACCCACCCGGGGUUGCGCCUCUGGCUCCAGCUCCCGCUCCCCGUCCGCGUGGGGCGCCGGGAGCAGCUCGAGCCCCGCCACGGAGCAGGGUGACGCAGAGAUGGACCUGAGCGGCCUGGUCCCAAGCAGUGAGGAGGGCAGCUCCAGCCCCGACUUGGGCAGUGACUUUGAGGUAAUGCUGCGGAAAAGCAGCAAGCGGGUGGCCAGGACCCCCCCGAGCCAAGGCCAGGUGGCCAAGCGACCCCGAAGAAGAACCGCCAGCCGGCUGCCAGCCAGGGACACAUCGCCUGCCUGCAGCCCUGAGCCCAACCAGCUCUAUGAGGCAGUGAGGUCUGGAAAGACCGCGUUGGAGGUGGUGGUUGAUGAGUGGCUGGAGACCUACAAGCGGGACCGCGAGACCGGCUUCCUGGAGCUGGCCAACUUUUUCAUACGUGCCUGCGGCUGUAAAGGCGUGGUGACCUCUGAGAUGUUCAGGAAGCUGCAGAACUCAGAGAUCAUCCAGCAGCUGACGAAGCAGUUUGCUGAGGACUCGGCCGAGUACCCACUGGCACUGAGUACACAGCCCUGGCGCCGAUUCCGGGAAGGCCUCUGUGAGCUGGUGGCGACACUGGUGCGGCGCUGCCAGUAUAGUGUCCUCUACGAUGAGUUUCUGGCUGAUACCCUCAUCUCCUUGCUCACUGGCCUCUCCGACUCCCAGGUGCGGGCUUUCCGCCACACCAGCACCCUGACAGGCCCCAGGAAUGCUCUUGUUCCCGGCUCCUCCCCAGCCAUGAAGCUGAUGACGGCUCUGGUGAAUGUGGCUCUGGGCGUGAGCCUGCACAAGGAGAACAACCAGCGGCAAUACGACGCUGAACAGGGCAAGGGGCCUGGCCGCCGGACCGCCAACAGGCUGGAGACCCUGCUGGAGCAGCGUAAGCAGCUCCAAGAGCAGCAGGAGGAGAUCGAGAACAUGAUGAAUGCCAUCUUCAAAGGGGUCUUUGUGCAUCGGUACCGGGAUGUGGUGCCUGAGAUCCGGUCCAUCUGCAUGGAGGAGAUGGGGAAGUGGAUGCAGAGCUACAGCACCUCCUUCCUGACGGACGGCUACCUCAAGUACAUUGGCUGGACUCUGCACGACAAGCAGCGGGACGUGCGUCUCACCUGCCUCAAGGCCCUGCAGGGGUUGUACAGCAGCCAGGACACAGCUGUGCGCAUGGAACUCUUCACCAGCCGCUUCAAGGCCCGCAUGGUGUCCAUGGUGCUGGACAAGGAGCCUGAUGUGGCUGUGGAGGCUGUCAAGCUGUUGACCCUGAUCCUGCAGAACAUGGAGGACGUGUUGACGGAGGAGGACUGCCAGGGUAUCUACCCUGUGGUGUUUGCCUCUCACCGGGCGCUGGCCACUGCUGCCGGGGAGUUCCUGUACCGGAAGCUGCUGGACCCCAAAGGUGAAGCCAGGCAGGAGAGACUCCAGCGUGGGGAGACGAGGGCCUUCUUCCACCUGCUGCUGGCCUUCUUCAUCGAGAGUGAGCUCCACGAGCAUGCAACCUACCUGGUGGACAGCCUGUGGGACUGCGCUGCAGCCCUGCUCAAGGACUGGGAGGCCAUGGCCGUGCUGCUACUGGAGGAGUCUUCGGAUGAGGGCCUGGGGGACCCUCAAGAGAGCGCCCUCAUCCAGAUCCUGGUGGCCAGCAUGCGCCAGGCUGUGGAGGGGCAGCCACCUGUCGGCCGUGGCCCCCGUAAGAAGGUGCUAUCAGCAUGGGAGCGAAAGGCCCAAGCCAGUGAACGCGUACGGAUCACCCAGUACCUCAUCCCACUGCUGCCCCAGCUCCUGGCCAAAUUUUCGGCUGAUGCAGAGAAGGUGACACUGCUGCUGGCAGCACCACGCUACUUCGACCUCAGUCUCUACUGCACUGGGCGCCUGGAGAAGCACCUGGAGCUGCUGCUGGGGCAGCUGCAGGAGGCAGUGGAGAAGCACUCGGGCCGCGAGGUGCUGGAGGCCGCGUCACGGGCGCUGCACGUGCUGUGUGACCCCGAGCUCCCCUUCCAUGGCCGUGUUGACUAUGCCCGCAGCCGCCUUGUAGACCAGCUCACUGACAAGUUCCAGCAGGAGCUGCCUGAGCUACUCCAGGCCUCCUUCCUCGAUGAGGACGAGGUGUACAGCAUGGCUGCCACCCUCAAGCGCAUCUCCAUCUUCCACAGUGCCCAUGACCUGACACCCUGGAAGCUGUUUGAGCCCUGCCACCAGAUCAUGCAGCGAGCUGUGGACACUGGCGAGAUCCCCACACAGGUGCUCAUCCCAGCCAUGACCUGCCUGCACUUCUACGUGCUCUGGGAGCUGGCUCACAUCUCUGCUGGUGCCUUCAUGCAGGAGCAUGUGCUGGAGCUGAAGCGCAAGGUGGACGCCCUCUGCUCCCUCUGCCAGAGCUGCCUGACAGACCUUGACCCCAGUGUCCAGGAGCAGGCCUAUGUGUUGCUGAGUGACCACCUGCUGAUGUUUGGGCCCCAGCUGGCGCAGGGAGGGCGGGAGGCACUGAGCAGCCUGGUACUGCGGCUUGAUGCCGGCCUGCAGGCCCAGCUGGCUGGCUUCCUCAUGGAUCAUGUCUUCAACCACGCCGAGCCCAUGGAUGCUGAUCAGGACGACAGCGAGGGGAGAAUUGAAGCACUGCAUCAGCGGCGCCGGCUGUUGGCGGGCUUCUGCAAGCUGGUUGUCUACAACGUGGUGGAGCUGAGUGCUGCCUCUGAUGUCUUCAAGCACUACGUCAAGUGCUACGAUGACUACGGGGACAUCAUCAAGGAGACGCUGAACCAGGCCCGGCAGAUUGACCGGGCCGAGUGGGGCCGUACCCUGCUCCUCAGCCUCAAGCAGCUGCUGACAGAGCUGCUGCUGCAGCAUGGCCGCGGUGCCCGCCUGAGUAAGGCCUUUGCGGAGAUCCGGGACCUGGCACGGCGCUUUGCCCUGCUCUUUGGUCCGCACCAAGCACGGAACCGCACUGUGCUUGUGGCGCUGCACAGGGAGGGGAUCAAGUUUGCCUUGCAGUCGCCCAGCUCUGAGCUGCUGGCUCCCCUGCAGCUGCCCUUCCUGGAGGUGCUCAGUGAGUUCUCACCCCGCCUGCUGCACCCUGACAAGAAGCUGAUCCUGGCCUACCUGGAGCAGAGCUGCCAGGCCGUGUUGUCCCCAGAGCAGCAGCAGGAGGCCUGGACCCCACUGCUGACUUACCGCAACUCCCUGCGGCUCCACAAUCCUGCCCGCUCCCAGGCCCAGCCCAGACCUGGCUCCACCACCAAGAGGCGGCAUGCAGAUGAGUCAUCUGGGCACAGUGAUUCCAGCCUGCAGCUCAGCAGCCGCCUGGCAACACCAACACUCACAUCCACUGUGGUGAAGGGGGCCCGUGGGAUGUCCCAGCCCCUUCCUGAGGACGAGGACAAGGGCUCCGAGUCGGACUUUGUGGAGAGGCACAGCCUGAUGGAGGAGGAGGAGGAGGUGGUGGUGAUCCAGGAGCAGAGCAGUGAAGAAGAGGAGGACUCCCAGGGCUUGGUCACGCGCUCCCGCAGCAAUCGUCUCCGUGACCUCUUCGAUUCCUCCAUCCUUGGCCUGGAGGAACUCUGAGGCGGCUGGACCGCUGGCCUGCCCCAUCCCCCUGCACCCCCGCAGACAGCAUAUGGCCAUGGUUGAGUUCAAGGUUUAUUGGAGUUUUCCUGGCAGCCCCGUUGGCGCUGGUUGGGCCUGGUGCAGUAAAUAAAGCCGGUGUUGGUGA